AAGCGUGAAAUGAGAUUCUAAAAAUGAUAAAAUAAUUCUUAUUUAUGAGUUAUUGUAGUAUAUAAAUAGGGAGGAAGGAGAUUACAUUGUUGUCCCAAGAUUUUAAUUUAAUUUGAGAAAUGAAGCUAAUUUACUCAUUAUUAAGUUUGUUAUUGUUGGAUGUGUUAUGGGGAGUGGGUGCAGCUGAAGGUUCAAAGGAUGUGGGAAGGCUCAUCAAUGCCACAAUGUUCAAUGAAAUGUUCAAGUAUCAAAAGGAUCCACAAUGUCCAAGCCAAGGGUUCUAUAGUUACCAAGCUUUUCUAGCCGCAGCUAGUUCGUUUGCUAAAUUAGGGUUCGCCACAACCGGAAAACUUUCUACUCGAAAGAGGGAGGUGCUCGCUUUCCUUGCUCAAACUUCUCACCAAACCACCGGAGGAUGGCCAACUGCACCAGAUGGUCCAUUUUUUUGGGGAUAUUGCCAUAUAAGAGAAACCACUAAAGAUUCCUAUUGCAAAGCUGAUUCAAAAUGGCCUUGUGCUAAAGGCCAAAAAUACUACGGUCGUGGACCAAUGCAACUUAGAUAUAACCACAACUAUGGGGAAGCUGGUAAAAUGUUGGGAUUAGAUUUGUUGAAGAACCCGGAUUUAGUAGCUAAAGAUGCAGUUGUAUCAUUCAAGACAGCAAUUUGGUUUUGGAUGACACCACAGGAAAACAAACCAUCAUGUCAUGACGUUAUGGUUGGUAAAUGGCGACCCACAGAAAUUGACAAAGCUGCUAAAAGAGUCCCUGGUUUUGGUGUUGUCACCAACAUCAUCAAUGGCGGAGAAGAAUGUGGGCACGGUGCUGAUACGGGAGUUGCUGAUAGAUUUGGAUUUUAUGAAAGGUACUGCAACAUGUUAGGUAUCAAUCCAGGGAAACACUUGGAAUGUUUUUUUCAAGAACCUUUCACUCGAAUGUAAUGUGACUUUAUUUUUCUGUUUCGAAACUUCAAAGACUUAUAAUAACAUGGAAUAAAAGUAUCGCAAAAUGAUGUCUUGCUAA